AUGAAGUUCGUCGCUUUGAUCUCCGGCGGCAAGGACUCCUGCUACAACAUUCUCCAUUGUAUGGCCAACGGACACGAGCUCGUAUGCCUGGCAAAUCUCUAUCCACCCCCUUCUGACUCGCACGAGCUCGACUCCUUUAUGUACCAGACCGUGGGCUUCGAUAUCGUGCCGUACUACGCAGAUUGCACGGGAAAACCACUGUACCGGCGGAUGAUCUGCGGCGACUCGCACAACCAGAAGCUAGAAUACGAGCGAACAGAGAAUGACGAGACCGAGGAUCUGUACGAGCUGUUGAAGCUCGUGAAGAAGCACCACCCGGACGUGGAGGCUGUUAGCGUGGGGGCCAUUCUGUCGUCGUACCAGCGCACCCGCGUGGAGGAUGUGUGCAGCCGCCUUGGACUCACCGCGCUGGCGUAUUUGUGGCAGAGAGAUCAGGAACAGCUGAUGGGCGAGAUGUGCGCCUCAAAAAUGGAAGCCAGACUCAUCAAAGUGGCCGCUAUCGGCCUCAACGACAAGCACUUGGGGCUAACUUUGCAGGAAAUGUACCCAGUACUGGUGGAUUUGAAUAGAAAGUACGGGGUGCACGUGUGCGGUGAAGGCGGCGAGUUCGAGAGCUUGGUGUUUGAUGCGCCCUUCUUCACCAAGGGAAGGUUAAAAAUCAUGCACCAGGAGACCGUGCGACACACCAACGACGAGGUGUGGUAUCUGAAGUUAAAAGUGGAGGUGGUAGAGAAACAGGGUGGGGGCAGUUGCGAUGUGGUGCAACCACCACUGUUGCACGAGCCGUUCAAGGGGAUCAGAGAGCAGAUUAAACACGGCUUGCGGGAAGCACCGACGAGUGACGCGCAGCACUUUCGGCACGGGCAUCAGAACUCAUCACACUCAAAAUCCCUUCUUCGCCUAAGUAAUAUCACCUCCACGCAACCAACAGCAGAGCUACAAAUGACCCACAUAAUGUCCCAACUAAAAGAUUACCUGGACAACCAUAAGUUGCACCCCACGAACGUGAUCUUCUCCUCGCUACUCGUGAGCGACAUGUCAAAAUUUGGCCUGCUCAACUCCAUAUACCAAACAAUGUUCACACACCCACUCCCACCAGCCCGUGUGUGCGUGGAAACCAAGUUGCCCGAAAACUGCUUUGCCCAGCUUUCCGUGGAGAUCAUAAACAACACCAGCUUCAAAAAGGGUCUGCACGUCCAGGGCCGGUCUUAUUGGGCGCCAUCAAACAUCGGACCGUAUUCGCAGUCCAUAGCAGACACAUCCACCUACAUGGCCCACAUCAGCGGCCAGAUCCCGCUAGUCCCUAAAGACAUGAGCGUGUGCAAGGAUGUUCUGACUCAGACGGUGCUUGCACUCCAACACUUUGAGCAUGUCAAGGAAGCCAUCGGAAGCAAGACAGUGCUCUUCAUGUGCUGCUUUGUGACCGACGCAAGCCUCGUGGACGCCGUUAGUCACACGUACACCCUCUAUACUCAAGCAUCACGUGAUCUUGACCACGUGCCGCAGUUAGUGACUGUGAUUGCGAGCGCGCUGCCACGUGGGGUGGACGUGGAGUGGACGGGUGUCAGUGUGAAUGAGGCGGUGGGAGACUACGAGCACGCAAAGAUAGCGUUUGAUACAGACAUGGAAUAUUCAGCAGACAGACACUACAGGAUAUACUACGAUGGUCUUGGGCUGCCUGCUACAUUGCCGAGUUCCUACGAGAUGGUUCCGGUGCGAGGUGUGUUUGACGUUUCCGGCGAGCAGCGGCGGUAUGCCGUGGUGGAAAUGCCAUGA